GGGAGCAACCGGGAUAUUAAGUGUCAGCGCUGGAGGGAGAAAUACAAGCGGAGGAAUCUCGGGAAACUGGUUUUACCCCUCCGUCCGGUGCCGGCGGCAGGACGGCGGCUGUGGCGGCGCUCCUCCCUCGGCAAAGGCAUAUAAUGCCUGCCAUGGUCCCGGGAGCCCGCACUGCGCGGCGGGAGGCGGGCAGGGGUGCUGGGAGCGAGCCAUGGCCUCCAUGGGCAUGCAGGUGCUGGGCAUCGCCCUCUCUGUCAUCGGCUGGUUGGCCUCCAUCCUCUGCUGCGCGCUGCCCAUGUGGCGGGAGACGGCCUUCGUGGGCAACAACAUCGUGGUGGCCCAGAUCAUCUGGGAAGGGCUGUGGAUGAGCUGCGUGGUGCAGAGCACGGGGCAGAUGCAGUGCAAGGUGUACGACUCGCUGCUGGGCCUGCCACAGGACCUGCAGGCUGCCCGUGCCAUGGUGGUGGUGGCCAUCGUCCUGGCCAUCCUGGGCACGCUGCUCGCCGUCGCCGGCGGCAAGUGCACCAACUGCGUGGAGGACGACACCGCCAAAGCCAGGGUCAUGAUCCUCUCGGGCAUCAUCUUCAUCGUGGCCGGCGUCCUCAUCCUCGUCCCCAUCUCUUGGUCAGCCAACAGCAUCGUCCAGGACUUCUACAACCCUCUGGUCGCCGACUCCCAGAAGCGGGACCUGGGCUCGUCCCUCUACAUUGGCUGGGCGGCCUCGGCGCUGCUGCUGCUGGGGGGUGGGAUCCUGUGCUGCACCUGCCCCUCCCGGGGGGAGAAGCCCUACUCUGCCAAGUUCACGGCCGCCCGCUCGCUGCCAGCCAGCAACUACGUGUAGGAGCCGCCUCGCCCGCCUGGACCCCCCGGCCACCACAGGGAGCCAGGACCUCCCGGACCGGCAGCCCGCCCCCCCGGCCGGGCUGGGGCUGGCCGGACGCCGGGGCACUGCGAGGGAGGGCAGACAGAGCUGCCUUUGUUCCGCCUGGAUUGGAGCCGGUUCUUUAAUCUCGGCUGAGACAGGGAACAAGGAGAUCCUGUCCUGGCUGCCCGCGGCGGGGGUCCUGUUCCCCCCGCCCGGAGCAUCCAGCAGAGGCAUCUUCUCUGAGAUGCCACCUGAUUCCCCCCUCGAGC